AAACUGGAGUGGAGUGUUCUGCUCUCUCUUCUUCGAUGCUCUCUUACAUUCUUUAUCUAUCUACAGUAGUAGAGAUAUUAUGAUUAUGGCCAUGGCCAUGGCGGAUUGCAUAUCUAAUACGUCCAUCAUUCUAUCAUCACCAACACCACCCCGUACAGCAGCUCCUCCUCAACUUAUCCAUAUCUCACCCAAACGCAAUUCCUGUUUGUUUUCCCAUUCGGUUUCAACUUCUUCUCCUCAUUCGGCCUUCAGUUUCUCCACCUCUGUUCGCUGGUACCACCAUGUCGAUAACUCCUCAACCGCUUUACUUGGGCCACCAUGUAGUCAGCUGACCGAGGGAGUCACGUCUGAAUCAAGGGAAUGGGCAGCACAGGACUUUUAUGCUUUGAGACGGGAUGUGGAAAUUGCCUUGGAACGUGUUGAAGAGAUUAGAGCUUCUGCUGGUUUGAAACAGUUACAAGAAGAGCUAACUGUUUUGGAGAAGGCAGCAACAGAGACUGCCCUGUGGGAUGAUCGCACUAAAGCUCAGAAAACCCUUCAGGAUCUCACUGAUGUCAAAGACAAAAUAAAGAUUUUGGCUGAGUUUAAAAACCAGGUUGAAGAUGCUGAAACAAUAGUUGGCCUUACCGAGGUGGACUCCAUUGAUUCUGCACUUCUUGAAGAGGCCGCCGGUAUCAUUAAGGAGUUAAACAAGUCCCUGGAUCGCUUUGAAUUGACCGAGCUUCUUUCUGGCCCUUAUGACAAAGAAGGUGCUCUUAUUUCUAUUACGGCUGGUGCUGGGGGCACAGAUGCACAGGAUUGGGCAGACAUGCUUCUGAGGAUGUAUCUUAGAUGGGGAGAGAAGCAAAGGUAUAAAACUAAAGUGGUUGAGAAGUCCACAGGAGAAGAAGCUGGGAUCAAAUCAGCUACAGUUGAAAUUGAAGGUAAAUAUGCCUAUGGGUAUCUAUCUGGGGAAAAAGGAACUCAUCGUAUUGUCCGGCAGUCUCCUUUCAACUCCAAAGGCUUGCGACAGACAAGCUUCUCUGGCAUUGAAGUCAUGCCUCUUCUUCCAGAGGAGAAUAUGAAACUUGAAAUACCCGAGGAAGAACUUGAGUACAGCUUUUCAAGGGCUGGUGGAAAAGGAGGCCAGAAUGUCAAUAAGGUGGAAUCAGCUGUUAGGAUUACACACAUCCCCACAGGUGUCACGGUUCGGUGCACAGAGGAGAGAUCGCAGCUAGCAAACAAGAUAAGGGCGCUGAGCCGACUAAAGGUUAAACUGCUGGUGAUAGUGGAAGAACAAAGGGCAUCAGAGAUAAAGCAAAUAAGAGGGGAUGUAGUAAAGGCUGAAUGGGGACAGCAAAUAAGGAACUAUGUUUUUCAUCCAUACAAAUUGGUGAAAGAUGUGAGGACAGGACAUGAGACAUCUGAUAUUGUAUCAGUCAUGGAUGGAGAAUUGGAUCCCUUCAUUAGAGCUUAUUUGAAACACAAGUAUAUGACUGCUGCUCUACCUGCUUCAUAAAAUCACCAAAUCCAAAUCUUGACUGUUGUUGUUGUUGUCUCUUUUGAUUUUACACUUGUUCAGUAGCCAUGUUCAAAGUUGCUAUGAUAGGACACAAGAUGGUUGUUAUUAUGUAAAUGCUUUUUGGGCUUUGAUGAUGCAUUGUAAUUCAUUUUUCAUAAGAGUUUUUGUACUCUUAUGUGACUCA